AUGCGCGCUGUCACUCCUUUCUGCAUCGUCGCUCUGGCGGCCAACCUUACUGUCGCCAGUGUCUGUAAGCCUCGACCAGCAACCAGUUCGACUCUUGAAUCUGCCAUAUCUACAACUUCAACUCUUUUGUCGACACUUUCUACUGCUACUGUUGAAGCUGAGACUGAGGCAUCAACCACUUCCGUCGUCGGAACAAUCUCUUCAAUAAUUUCUGAGGAAAGCACUAGUACAGAGGCCAUCGAGACCCUCGAAACCACAGUGACAGCAAAUCCAACCACGACUGUUGAGUCUGCUAGUACCGACGUUUCCUCUAUCUCCACCACUGUCGAGACCACAACCACGACGGAUUCAACAACGACCCUUGAGUCGUCUAUUGCAGAUAUUACCACUGCCGCCGCUACUACUACAAGCGAAGCUGUCAAGCCCAUCCCCACUUUUGAUAUCAUCGCUUCUGGGGGCGCAGUCGAUGGCAAGGUCCUUACGGGGAAAGCUAGAUUUGGCUACUUCAAUGGAUUCGACAUGCAGAUCAACAAAGACCAUCUCACAUACAGCAUCGAUACUAUCAGCGGUUUCGUGGAAGAGACGUCCAGCGGCGCCCGUCUGUGCAUAAUGAAUGGGGCACGUUCUGAUAGCUAUCGUAUCUUGAACUGCCCGCCCAAUAUCGAUAGCAUGUUCUAUCCUGUCUCAUUCAUCACUUGUCAAAAGUCAUCUGAAGGCAAACUCAAUUGUCAAGCGCCGCUUCGAGAAUGCACAGGGGAUUUCGAUUCCGAUUGCACCGCCAUUGACGAAACUCUGGGGCCGUUUUAUUACGGCGAUGAUGACUAUGGCAAGUAUCUCAACAUGGGUUUGUCUGGCGGUCCCUCUCCUGGGGUAAACCUCCAUGCUAUUGAAUUAAUUGCUCGUGAGAUCAUAACUGAAUCGUGA